UCCAAAUUCUGAUUUGAAGCGAUUUAUCUCUCUCUCUUGGUUAAAUCUAUUAAUCUAGAUUCUGGAGAGCCCCAAACAAGGCCCAAGAGAGUGGCGCUAAGAACAAUUAGGGUUUCGGUUGUCUUGUUCGGUUGUCAGAAGUUAAUUGCAUAAACAAGUCUGCUUUCCACGUGCUUCUGGGGACUCUCUCCUUCACUCUCCAUCCCCCACUUACUUCAAUGCCAUUCCUUUCAUUUCUCUCUCUCUCUACACCUCAUCUCCUUUGACCCCUCUCUCUCUCUCUCUCUCCCCAUCCAUUUCUGUAGUUUCCGAGAGCUCUGAGUAACGUUCAAGCCCAAAGAUCAACAUCCCAGAUAGCAAGAUUCGAUCUUUCUUCUCUUUCCGUAACAAAGUUUCAAGAAUCAUAUGCAACAUCCGAUAGAAAAAUCAACAACACCCCACGUCGUAAGAUUGGAUUUUUUUCAUCCGGGCUACAAAUUCCUGCUGUAAAAACUUCAAAAAAAAAAAAAAAAAAAAAAACACUGCUUUCCCAAGAUUCCCUCGAGCUCCAACAAUGGUGAUGGAGGUGGUGCAUGAAGAUAUGGGGGAAGGCAGCAUGCAAUGCACGAACCACCCAUACAAAAACAGCACUCCAGGUGGGAUCUGCGCCUUCUGCCUUCAAGAAAAGCUCGGGAAACUCGUCUCCUCGUCCUUCCCCGUUGCCAUCUUCCCUUCCUCCUCGUCUUCCUCCUCCUCUAGAUCUGAUUUCGGCGCCGCCGCCGUCGGCGACGCUGCCCUCCAGCCCCGCCCCCUGGCCGCCGUCUCCGCCAACGCGUCUGAGAAUGCGAGCAGCGGCGAGUGCAACUAUUACUCGAGGAGGUCAAGAUUGCCCUUUGUCUUGACGCAGAAGAAGAAGAAAAAGAAAGAUGGAGGAGGAGUGGCGGUGGGGAGCUCGGAUUCCGGCAGCAUUGUUUUCAAGAGAAGCAAAUCCACCGCAACUCCGAGGAGAGGUAUGCAUUUCUUGGAUGAAAAUUUCUCUGACGAUUAUAGCCCUCAUAGGAGGGGUUUUUGGUCAUUUCUCUACAUGUCAAAGCCUUCUAGUGUUAAAAAGAGUGAGAAAAGCUUGAAAGAUUUGAACUUUACAACGCCCACAUCUAGUAGCACUGUUGGAUCAUCUUCUGUUAAUGGUGGUGGUGGUGGGAGUGGUGGGAUUAGGGCAAGGGAGAAGAAAAGGGAGGAUUUUGUGGUGGUGGAUGAGAAUGGGAGCCCUGAUCAAGCUGCAUUUGAUAGAAAAGUGUCAAGAUCCAGAUCUGUUGGCUGUGGGAGCAGGAGUUUUUCCGGUGAUUUCUUUGAGAGGAUUUCAACCGGCUUUGGCGAUUGUACCCUCCGCCGUGUUGAGUCACAGAGGGAAGGGAAGCCCAAGGUACAAGCUGGGCAUAGGAACAGUGGGAUCAAUGGCCAAGAUUGCAUCAAGGAGAGGGUUAGGUGUGGAGGGAUCUUUGGUGGAUUCAUGAUCACCUCAUCCUCCUCCUCAUCCUCGUCUUCCUCGUAUUGGAUUUCGUCCUCUGCAGAGGAUAAUGGUGGGAAUUCGAAGGCGAUUUUGCCGGCAAGGCAGCUCUCCCAUGGGAGGAGCAAGAGCUGGGGUUGGGCUCUUGCAAGUCCAAUGAGGGCUUUUAGUAAGCCUUCCUCUGUGAAGAGGGAUAAUGCUAGUAAAAAUGUGACUCCUAAUUUGACUGCAAUUCCUUCUUUACUGGCUGUGAGUGGCUGAGGAUAAAGAGAGAUGAAAAGGGUUGGAUUUACUGAGAUAAUUAGCUGAUAUGUUACUAUACAUUUUCACAUUUCAAGAUUGGUGUUUCAUGUGGUUGCUGCUCUACUCUGUUCAUCAUGUUGCUGCUGUUUUAUUUUUGCCAGUUGUGAUAUGUUAAAUCUUAGUUUAUUUUUGUUGUAGUUUUCAGUCAUGGAGUGUAUUGAAUUCUUCUUUGUAUAUCUAAUAUGAUAUUGGUAUGAUGAGAUUUGAUGUAAGGUUGGGAAAUAAAUGGAACCAUGUGGAGAGUUUUCUUGAUC